CUUUCUCUCUCUAUCUCUCUCGUGGCUAUGCCCUAGCUUUCUCCCGUCCACCGCUUCUCUCUCUCUCUUCCAUCCCCGCUUCUGGCAGCCACUUCCCUCUCUCUUGCGGCACGAGUCCCCGGCAGCCGCUCCCCUCUCUACUGUGCUCCGAUCCUGGCAGCCAUUUCCCUCUAUCGUGUGCCCUUGUCCUGGCCGCUGCUGCCCUAUUCUCUCUUGUGCCUAUGCUCCCGAGAGCCUCGGCUCGCCUUGAAAUUAGGUACAGAGGCAAUGAUGAUGCCCUAAAAAAUUCUCCCGUGCCCUCGUCUCUCUACAACGACAGCGUAGUAGCUUGGAUGGCCUAGUAGGCAACCGCUACUCCUAUUGUUGUAGAGGGAGGGGGAAAGGUCAGAGAAAAUUUUCACUAGUGAAUCUGAGCCUCUUUUCUCAUUAUGUUGCUUGAUAUUUUAUAUAUAUUCAGCAUGAAUCAUUUUGUUGCAUCAUGUAUUUCUUCUUGUCGAUGUGGCUGGUAUGUGCAUUUGGUCCGCUCUAUAUAGCAUUACUCUUUUAUAUGUUCUUGUGGCCAUGAUGAUUUGCCCUAUAAAAGAGUAUGGAGAUUGGGUGGCGUGGUAACUUUAGUUGCAGCCCUUGAUUUAGGUUUAUCCAUGUGAAAGAAUAGAGGGCAGUAUCUGAGCCUUUGAUGAAACAUGAAUUCAUUCUCUGAAUUUUUUCUGAAAUUUCGAUUUCUCUAGUUUGUUUUUGAUUCAAUCCCUUUCUAAUUUAGGGUUUUCGUGUCCAGGGUUUAGGGUUUAUGAUUAUGACAUAUGUUGUUGAUGUUCUUGAAUAUGGUGAUGGGGAUGAUUUGGAGCUUUUUUAUGGUGAGAAUUUGGACCCUGAUACUAUUGAGCGUUCAACCUCCUUUGGGGACACACGAUAAGGUCUGGCAAUGAGCUUUGUUCAAGCUCAAGUGAUAUAGAAGUGGAUUUAGGAAUGCGUGCCAUGGAGCAGCAAACUCUUUCCAAUGGAUUCCAAAGGUUUUUCAGACAUUUUAUAUGCAGGGCUCUCCCCCAUCAUGGAGGAUACCAAUAUUGCAGCUGAUGGAAGCACCAUUCUUAUUGCAUUGGAAAGAGUUGAAGAGCUAAAUUUGAAUUGCAAACAUAUCUAUAUCAACAACUCAGAUCUGUGGAGAUUCCUUCAUGGUUUAGAGGAAGUUAACAAUUGGAGGGCUGCCAAUUCUCUGGCAAACAUCAAACACCAGAUGAGAAGAUUCAAUGAACCAUCCAUUCACCUUAUCCCUGCCCGAUGGAACAAGAUUGCAGCAACCAUGGCUAGUAAAGGUGUAAAUGCUUCUCAGUUGUCACUCUUCCACAAAGGCAUGGACCUUCCUAGAUGGCUAAUGAGACUCCUGGAGCGUUCCCUCUUUAAUUUCUAGUGUCUAGUAUGUCUUUGUUGUGAGUGUUA